CUGUCUUUUCUGUGUCCUCUCCAGGGUGUUUGGACAAAUUCUACCCCGGGGGUCCAGACGCCAUAUAUAGCUUUGGGAGAGGCCAUUGAGGAGACUAGGGGGGAAUUGUUGGGUUUUUGUGGUGUUUAUUUAAGGUGUAAUGAUAAAAUGGAAAAAUAUUUAUAAAAAGUAAAUAGAAGUAUGGUAUUUAAUAAAAUGUAUUUUAUGUAAAUUGGUGGAGAUUGAUUAAGAGAUUCCCCUGUCAAUUUAAUAUGGUUUGGUCCGUCACAGCUGGGACUAUUUAAGACUGCAGUGUCAGCUGUGAAGGACAGUGUUGUGUGGAUGCUGAGUGGAAAAUAAACUGCUGCUGUUCUCCACCUGACUCUGGUUCAAGACUCUGUCUCACUGAACAAAAACCCAACCGCUCAAGGUCGUCCAUGUGACAAGUGGUGUCAGGAGUGGGAUGUUCAUGCCAGAGAAGAUGAUGACCAGAGGAGGAAAAAAGCCAGCCCAAGAGGGAGAGCCUGAGGAAGGAGCUGGAGCUUCCUCUGAAAUGGAGACAAUGGCAACAACCAACCCUGAAGAUAAGUUGGAGGAACUGGCGGUGAUGGUGAAAUCUAUGAUGCGGUCUCAAGUGGCUAGAGACCUGAAGAUUGAUAAAGAUUUUUCCCGCCAGGAGCAGAGGUGGAAAAGCAUACAGCAUCAAUUCCAACAAAUGCAGCUUCAAGUGCAUGCUGUACUUGGAAAAUCUGAUGUAUCAGAAGCACAUCUUCAACCCACGACAUCUGAAGCACCUACAGAAGAAUCAGAUGGUGGUGAUGUCCAGCUGGCUCGUGGUUCCAGGACCAUAAUUGAACCAAAGUUUCUUCCCUUAUCCACGGAUGAUGACAUUGAGCAUUUCCUGACGACGUUCGAGAGGAUGGCCCAGGUGUGUCGCUGGGCUAGAGAUGAGUGGGCGGUUCGUCUGGUCCCUUUGUUGACCGGUAAGGCCCGCACAGCCUAUGUUCUAAUGGAUAUGGCUGACUCUGAGGACUAUGAAAAAGUGAAAGAGGCAAUUCUGGCAAAAUAUGAAAUCACUGCUGAUACGUAUCGACGCCGCUUCAGAUGCCUGAAGAUUGAAGCAGAAAUAUCCGAGCAGAUAAUUCUGGAGCAGUUUUUAAGAAUGGUUAAUCCAGAGUUGGAGAUCUGGAUCCGUGAGCGCGACCCGAAGACGGCAAAAGAAGCAGCUACUCUUGCAGAGGUCUUCACGUCAGCCAGGAAGGGGAGCAAGAGCACCUAUUUUGGCCGAGAGACUCACUAUGCCCCAUCAAGUAAGUCCACUGGGGGUGAACAGGGCUCUGGUCAAAGUCAGGCUAGAAAUUUUUCUAGUUCAAAGCAGCUCCCUUCUCAAAGACCUCCUAAUGUAAAAAAGUCAUUUCACAAGUCUUCUGCGCAAGAUAUUAGAUGUUACAAUUGUAAUGGCUUUGGCCAUACGCAACAUUUUUGCCCCGCCCUUAAAUCAAAGCCAUCACUUUUGUGUUCAGUGCCAAGACCAGCUAUUGAGGCUGUGCAAAAGAAGGUUUGUACAGUUUCUGUUCUAGUGAAUGGGCAAAAAGAAGAAGCUUUGCUUGAUUCUGGGUGCUUCCAGUCUCUAGUGCAUGCUAGCUUAAUCUCUGAAGAAAAGCUAAGUGGGGUGGGGGUUAAGAUAAAAUGUGUACAUGGAGAUGAACAUGUCUACCCAAGUGCUGAGGUGUAUUUGACAGUGGGAGGUCAAACAUACUUGGUACAUGUAGCUGUAGUUCCCUCUUUGCCGUACUCCGUUAUACUUGGUAAUGAUAUCCCCACUCUUUUUGACCUUAUUCACCAGUCAGAAUAUGAACCCAAAGGGCUUACCAACAGAGAGGCCCAGGAUUUAUGCCCAAAAUCUGAUAUACCAGUAGAAUCACUGAAACCUUGUAAUAUAGUCACAAGAGCUCAAAGUGCAAAGACUGUGUUGGAAGAGCUGCCUUUUUAUGGGGAGUCUCUGGAAAUAGAGCCGGGAAAAACUAAAAAGUCAAGAGCUCAGAAAAGAAUGGAGAAAUUCAAAGGCUCAGGUGAUGAAGGGAUAGGACAGUUGUCUAAGCCAAAUAACUUGUUGGAGUUUGACAUUCCCUCAGAUGUAGGUGCACUCCAGAGAGAUGAUCCUACUUUAAAACCGUGGUUUGAAAAAGUAACUGGGGGGGGAACUCAUCAGCGCCGGUUAGACUUCGUGGAAGAUGCAGUUUACAUUAUUAAAGGAGGCAUUUUGUAUCAGAAGAAGGGACAGGGUGACGCAUUAGCCCUUCCACAACAGUUCAGGUACAAAGUCAUGGAGCUGGGCCACUCAAUUCCAUGGGCAGGUCAUAUGGCUUUUCAUAAGACGCUGAGUAGAAUCAGUGCCGACUGGGACCAAUGGCUGCCGUACCUGUUAUUUGCUUACCGGGAGGUUCCACAAGUGUCUACAGGUUUUUCACCCUUUGAGUUAUUGUAUGGCCGCCAAGUGAGAGGUCCGCUGGAUCUACUGAAGGACUGUUGGGAAGACGCUAAGCCAGAGGGUGAAAACAUUGCAGCAUACGUCAUUAACAUGAGAGAGCGGUUGCAGGAAAUGGCAUCUUUUGCACAGGACAACCUGAAAGCAGCUCAACAACAUCAAAAGACAUGGUACGAUCAGAAGGCCAGAGACAGAGUCUUCUUGCCAGGACAGAAGGUUCUGUUACUGUUGCCUACCAGUGACAACAAGCUGCUGACAAAAUGGCAUGGACCAUAUGAGAUCACCAAACAAGUGAGUAAAGUGGUUUAUGAACUGUACAUGCCGGAAAGGGCUAAAAAGCAUCAGACUUUUCAUGUCAACUUGUUGAAAGAGUUUCGCAGCCGACAAGAGCCAGUGCACCAGGAGUUAUUUGUGAGAGCAGUUAAGGAUGAGGAAGUGACCGAAAAAUUUCUCCCAACUAGCAUGUCAGACUGUGCUUUGGUUGACGUUUCUCAUCUGUCUCCUACUGAGCAGGAAAAAAUCAAACCGUUCUUGGACCCUCAGCUCUUUAAAGAAGUUCCAGGAUUUACAUCACUGGUCCAACAUAAGAUUCGGCUGAAAGAAGAUGCACCGAGUCGGCAAAAGAGCUAUCGCAUACCAGAACGUUUGGUUCCGGUACUGGAAAAAGAAAUAAAGCUGAUGUUGGAGUUGGGAAUAAUUGAAGAGUCUAGGAGUGAGUGGUGCAGCCCGAUUGUGCUGGUGCCAAAGAAAGACGCCUCCCUGAGAUUUUGUAUAGAUUUUAGACAUUUAAAUGCUGUGUCCAACUUUGACCCGUACCCGAUGCCCAGGGUGGACGACUUACUGGAGAAAGUCGGUUCGGCAAGUUACAUCACAACGCUGGAUCUGUGCAAAGGAUACUGGCAAGUGGCUUUGGCACCAGAAGCGAGAGAGCUGACGGCCUUCAAAACUCCUUUUGCAUAUUUAGAUGAUGUUGUGGUGUAUAGCCGGUCUUGGGAGGAGCAUCUGACUCACCUGCAGGAGGUGCUACACCGCAUCAGGUUGGCUGGACUGACUGUUAACCCAAAGAAGUGUAAUGUAGCUAAGAGAGAAGUGGAGUAUUUGGGUUUUGUCAUUGGGUUUGGGAAAAUAAAGCCUCAAGUGGGGAAGAUGGACGCAAUACAUUCCUUCCCAGUUCCAACGACCAAGAAGAAGGGAGACAAGAUAUUCAACAGUGGAAAAGGAGUGUUUGGCCAUGAAAUGGGCUAUCGAGGCUCUAAGUGGUUGAGAAAAAUGAGGGAUGCCAACGCCCGCAUCGCUGGAUGGUACUUGGCACUGCAGCCAUUUGAUUUCACGGUGCAGUACAAGCCAGGGAAGGCUAAUGUGGUUGCUGACUGUUUAUCCAGAAUGUCGGAGGACUGA